AUGCCGGGCGGUGUGUGUGCAGUCCUCGACUACGAGGUCGAGAUGAUGGCAGAGUACGUGUCGGACAUGUCGAUGCGUCUUGUCAUGCCUAACGCCUCUGUCACCGCGGCGUCCCGCAAGUUUGUCUCGCAAGUCCUCACCUCGACAAGACUUCCUAGCACAACCAUCCUGCUUGGCCUGAACUACCUGGCGAAGAGGGUUAACACCCUGAACGCCGCAGGAGGUUUCAAGGUCAACGAGGGACAGGUUUGGCGCAUGCUUACUGUCUCGCUCCUGUUGGGCAGCAAGUUCCUUGACGACAACACCUUCCAGAACCGAUCCUGGUCCGAGGUGAGCGGUAUUCCCGUUCAGGAGUUGAACACCAUGGAGAACGACUGGCUCCGUCACAUCGACUGGUCGCUUUACGUGAACCUGGACAAGAGCGGCGACUACAACGCGUGGCUGAGUAACUGGAAGGAUUGGGAGACCAACAAGAAGCGCGAGCAGCUUGUGCAGAAGCAACAGGCUGUCGCUGCUCGCGAGAGGCUGGCUCCCAUCCGUACCGACAUCCGCACCAACUCUCAGCACCACCCUCUGGCUUACGAAGGCUGGACACCCGAGGAAAUUUCCGAUUACGAGCGUGCUCGCUUCACACGCGCCGCCGCCAAAUCCUCCUUCCGUCCUCGCGAGAACUCCUGGGCCACACAGUACCAGACUUCCUGGUCUGCUGCACCUCUCACUCCCCCCGAUUCAGGCUAUGGUACUCCCGAGUACCUGAACUCCGCUGCCUCGCUGAACUCGCGUUACAAUGACUGGUUCAACUCAGCCAUGGCAACGGGCUACAGGGGCUACCAGUCGUCGGCCCCUACCACCACUCAUGCGUCGUACAACCACAGGGCUUCCACACACCAACACCAGUCUUACUACAACCACUACGGUGGCCAGGGUAUCUGGGAUGCAAAUAUCGCUGAGUGCAACUGUUCCCAAUGCAUGGCGACCCUCCAUAAGCCCGCGCACUAUUUCCAGCAUCAUGGGUUCGGUCAAGCCGUGGUUGGUUAA